AUGGCCAUCGCGCGAGCUCUGCAGCUCCGCCGGACACGACUGGAGUGGCUCGCGCGGCGGCUCGCCCUCAGCGGCUGUUUGUCUCGGCAUGAGGCUUUAGAGGCAAUAAAACAAGGAAAUGUGCAGGUAGACGGGCAGACGGUGACUCGCGAUGUGCAGAUUUGUGACGAGGCUGAAAUAUCAUAUUUGGGGAGGACCCUUCCUGCUGCUGCUGCGAGGCCUGCGCUCUUCGGCAUGAUCAAGCCGCCUCGAGUCGCGUGUACGUACACCACAAAUGGACCAGGCCCCACUCUGAAGACGCUGCUGGCGCAGUGUCCAUCAGUUCCUGAGUUGCCGCUGAGGGAGAUUAAAAAGUACGAAAGCGAAUUGAUGCAGCAGAGGCUGAAAGAGAAGGAGAGACUGAAGAAGGGGAACUGGCAUGACAGAAGAGAAGCCCGCGACAGGCGAGAGACCGGGACUUCAAAUAUUUUGGAAGAAUCGGAUUUGAGGAGUCUUGAGGAAGAGGAUCAUAAAGGCAGCAACAAGAAAGGCAGCAGCAGCAUCAACGACAGCAGCCUAUUGCAUAUCCCCGGUCACCUCAUACCGGUGAAUCAUUUACCACUUCAAGCUGAGGGUCUCGUGCUUCUGACGAACGACGGCGAGUUCGCGCAUGCACUGCGGAAUCCGGCGAACAAGAUCGUGACGGCCUACGACUUCAGAGUCAGCGGGCCCCUCCCCACUGCGGGCCUCUGGCGCCAGUGGGCUCUGGGGGUCCGCAAAGAGGGAGUGGAUUAUGGCAGAGUUUGGGUGCAGUUUCUGCGGCCCUGCCCCUCCGGCGCGUGGCUGCGGCUCAAGCUGGUGGAGCCUCCAGGCGCCGAUUUCCGGGCGCUGCUCGGCAGCUGUGGGCUUAAAAUUCGCCGGACUCGGCUGUACUCCUUCGGGCCCUACUUGAGCUCCUCAGUGCCCUCCGAAACCCUCCUGCCGCUGUCUAUACACCGCGCUCUCCAGCACCUAGUGCCUUCCCAGAGGCCCCGCCUCAUGCUGGUGCCUGCAAAGGGGGAAACCCAACAGACCAUAGAGGCCACGCAGCACUUGAAGAGCCUCAAGGGCGGGGGCUUUCCAGUUGCGCGGCUGCUCAAGGAGAGCUCAGUCCUCGUCACAGCGGGCCGCGCACGAUUGAAGUGA